AUGUCGAAGAUUUUUAUCUAUGCUCAUCCAGAGGCCUUCGAUCGUUCUAAAAUCAGCAGUCUGAAGAUUUAUGCUAUUAAAAGACGAAGGCGAGUAGUAAGCGUAUCGCACAUGGAAAGAUGCUCAUUGUUCAUCGGGUCCGGCGUAACAAACGUCAUUACGGUCGAUAACCGAGUUGACAGUCCACCGUCUUCCAGCGGGUAUGCCACUAAAUAUAACAAAGUUUUUUGCAUGAGCAAGUGCUGCAAUGCCAGUACACGGCUAAGGAAAACAGUAACGCUAGUUCGAACGUUUUCAAGAGAGCUUUCGAAUUCAGCAGGAGAGUACGGGCGUCGAAGUUCUGUUGAAGUUGGACAAGAAAUUAAAAAGGCUCACGCUCCGCCUGCUCGACGCCGAGGUGCUUAUCUGCCGAUGAGCCGGCUAGUUUGCCCACAGCAAAAUGCAAACAAUAAUGAAGGCAAAUGA